AGCUGGACUGCUGAGACCCAUAUUCUUGUUUUCUCAGUCUUGACAUUUGCUGGGCUCGUGGCCACGCUCAUGGCUCAUCAGAAUAAGCCCAACCCCAAGUGGCCACAGCUUGUCACCAUCAACUCCAUUGUGUCUCUAUUCUCCCUACCCAUGCGAGCGGUCAUAAGCCUUGUGCUUGCAGAAGGCAUCAGCCAAUCGAAAUGGCAAUGGCAUCGCCAGUCACGGCGUCUGAAUGGUAUGGUGCAUUUCGAUGCAGCGAAGCGAGGGCCUUGGGGC